GCUCAGGGUGCUCAAACAGACAGUAACCGGUGAUAAGGGAGUGUGUGUGAGUGUAUGUGUGUGUGUGCAUCAUGGACGUUCACAUGCCCUCCUUGAUAGGAGAUGACCUGCCUAUAAUGGCUGAGCCGGAGAUCCAGAUCUUCGAGCAGCCCAAGCAGAGGGGGAUGCGCUUCCGGUACAAGUGCGAGGGCCGCUCCGCCGGCAGCAUCCCGGGCGAGAGGAGCUCCGACAACAGCAGGACCUACCCCAGCCUGCAGAUCCUGAACUACUGCGGCAAGGGGAAGGUGCGUGUCUAUCUGGUGACGAAGAACGAGCCUUAUCGGCCUCAUCCUCACGACCUGGUGGGGAAGGACUGCAAGGACGGAUACUACGAGGCCGAGUUUGGCCCGGACCGCCGAGUGAUCGCUUUCCAGAAUCUGGGUAUCCAGUGUGUGAGGAGGAGGGAAGUGAAAGAUGCAAUCCUGCAGAGGGUGGCCAGAGGCAUCAACCCCUUCAACGUGCCACGGGAGCAGCUCCUGCAGACAGAGGAGUACGACCUGAACGUGGUGCGGCUCUGCAUCCAGGUUUUCCUGCAGGACGAGAACGGCCAGUACAGCCGAGCCCUCAACCCCAUCGUCACCAACCCCAUCUACGACAACAGGGCCCCUAACACAGCUGAGCUGAAGAUCUGUCGGGUCAACAGGAACUCUGGCAGCGUCAGGGGCGGCGACGAGGUCUUUCUGCUGUGUGACAAAGUACAAAAAGACGACAUAGAGGUGCGAUUCUUCUCCUCUGACGGCUGGGAGGCCAGGGGCUCCUUCUCCCAGGCAGACGUCCAUCGCCAAGUGGCCAUCGUCUUCAAGACGCCGCCCUACUACGACUCCACCAUAACGACGCCUGUGACCGUGCGCAUGCAGCUGCGCCGGCCCACCGACCAGGAAGUGAGCGAGCCGAUGGAUUUCCGAUACCUGCCAGACGACAAAGAUCCUUAUGGCUGCAAUGAGAAAAAGCGGAGAAGAGAGUAUGUGAUGAAGAUGUCAGGAUUGUCUGCUGGACCGUUCGCUGGUUUGGCAACAAACAGGCCGAUGGCCGUGCCGACUUCCAUGUUGAGAAAAGACCACAACAACAUGUACCUGAAGCAACAGCCCACAUCUACGAUGCACCAACAACCUGCUGUAUUCAACGCAACCUACCAGCCGGGCGUUGCACGCACACUGAUGACUUCACGCGCUCCUAAUGUGCCCGUCAACAAUUCGUGGGGAAACCCCAACCCGGCGCUCUCCAUGGAUGCAGUCACCACAAACCCCUCUGCUGCCAUGAGGAAUAUACCUCGCACCAACAGCGGCAGGCAACCGCAGCCAAACUCCAGAGGUUACCCCUCCAGGAUGGAUCUUAACACCUCGAGCGCCCUCCCCCAGCUUUCGAUGAGGGACUUGCAGUGCUUGGAUACAGUCACCCAGGGUCCCAUGAUGACCCACCCGCAGCCCCAGCCGGAGUCCCAGCCCCUCUACCACCUACAGCACAACCGGGAGGAGCCAACAUCUGACGUCCACAUCCAGAACCAGCAAGGGAGCCAGAGCCAGGGUUUCCAGAAUCACUGGGCGGGCGUCAGUUCCUUCGGUCCAGCCCAAGGUGCCUUUAAUGGGUCUGGACCUGGAGAGGGGGGCAGCGGCCUGGGGCUGGGCUCUUUUCCCUUUUUAGAGGGAAUGGAGGGGGAUGAUUUUCUCAAGAGCCUGGUGGGAGGAGGAUCUCAGACAGGCUUCCAGCUGAAGCAGGAGCCUCAGAUCCAGGUGGGACAGGAGAGCCACGGUGCCCUCAUGCAAUCCCCGCUGGAAAACCAAGGCAGCACGUACACCAACCUGCUCCCCCGGCCUAUGAGCAAUGGCACCAACAUGGAUGCAAUGAGGCAAGACGCCAGUAGUAACAGCAACAACCUGUCCCUCAAAAAUCUGCAGAACCCCUUCUCUAACAACGGUAUGGCCCACGAAGGCCACUAUGCAAAUUUGGCCGACUGGGCCAAGUCAGCUCGGCACAGUGACUACAAAGAAUGACUCGGCAAGUUCUUUUCGGGUCAAGUAAAAACACAAGCAGCCUCCAGAAAAUAGUGGGACUCAUUAGCGUAUGAAUCAUGCGCGAGGCUGUAAUGAGAUCUCAUCAGAGGACAUGCGGGUGUUUUCCAGACUAAUGUUAGAUCCAGAUUUUCUGAGAAGUGAAUGUAUUAGUUUCCUAGUCUUUCUCAGAUCACGCUAGAUUCACUGUCAACAUGUAAUAAUCAAUGGCUUCUUGGUGUGUUAAGUGGUCAAUGCGCAGGCGAUAGAGGGUUUAUGGAUAUUAGGGGUUUGGAAAGUCCUGUAUUAAACACAGGUUAUGACAAUGCUCUUAUCAGCAUAACAAAUUACUGUUAAUGGUUUACUUUCUGUUGCUUUGUAAGAGGUUUUAUAUGUCAGGUGUCUGUUUAUGUGUGUCACUGUGACUGCAGUUAUGUUGAUUUU